ACCUUAAAACCUUAACUAAGGCAUGGAUAUAUUUGUUUAGAUUUUAGGGUUUCUUCCCUUGUGGAACCAUUUGUAGCUGCCGCAGUUUCUCCUCGCCCCCAUCACACCGAACCUCUCCCUUCAACGAAAAUGGUUGCCGCCAAGAAGACCAAGAAGACUCAUGAGAGCAUUAACAACAGGUUGGCUCUCGUUAUGAAGAGUGGAAAAUACACUUUAGGUUAUAAAACUGUCCUCAAAUCUCUUAGAAGCUCCAAAGGUAAGUUGAUUAUUAUUGCCAACAACUGCCCUCCUCUUAGGAAGUCGGAGAUCGAGUAUUAUGCCAUGUUGUGCAAGGUUGGAGUUCACCACUACAAUGGAAACAAUGUAGACUUGGGCACCGCUUGCGGAAAAUAUUUCAGAGUGUGCUGCCUUAGCAUUGUUGAUCCUGGUGACUCUGAUAUCAUAAAGAGUAUGCCCGGCGAUAACUAAGCUAUCGGGGGAAACUUAUCUUCCCAGGUUUUGUUCUGAUAGUUUCUAUUUUUGGGUAUCUGGAAAUCGUUGAUGUCGAAGAACUUAUUCUGAAAUUCAGAACUUUCUUUGUAGUGUUUUAUCUGGGACAGUGAUGUCAUAAGCCCGUGUAUUAGUUUUUUUUAGUGGAGUUCGUUUAAAAUAGUC